AUUAAUAGAGCAUCACGCAAAAGAAGUAAACAAAAUGUUGGAAGAAAGUUUGCAGAUGACAAAUUAUUUGUAAAUAACUUACUUAGUUCCUAUCGGUAAGGUAUCAUGGCACAAGUUGCCAAUGUUUCCCUGACCUCCCACAUCAGGGACCCUGGGGCUAGGGUGAGAGAAUUAUGUAACUAUGCCUGUAAGGUGGAGAUUGACCCUCAGAUUCCCCCUAGGAGGUACCUCAGAUCUGGCCAUGAAAUGCUGAGGAUGGCAAAGGUCUACCAGGAUGAAAAAAACUAUGAGCAGGCAUUUAUCCUGUAUACAAAGUUUAUUUCUCUGUUUGUGGAAAAAUUACCCAAGCAUCCUGAUUAUAGCUCGGCCCCUGCUGGUGAUGUUUCAGCAAUAAAGAAGAAAGUAAAGCUUGUUUUUCCCAUUGCCGAAGAAUUGAAAUCCAUUUUGAAAAAGAGAUACACAGAAAUUGAAAAGAAGCGCGCAGAAGAAGAGCGUAUUAUACAAGAGGAGUUAGAGAGAGAACAAGAGAGAUUGAGACAGGAAGAGGAAGUUAGACGACAGGAAGAGGAAGCCAGGCAAAUACAGGCUAAAAGUGAAGCCGAAUCAAAAUGGCUGGAUGAACAGGAACGCAAACUUCAGGAACUGAAGGAAAAAGAACUACUGAAAAAUAUUGAUCAAGACAGUGAAAGUAGUGAGAACACUGCGAAAAAUGACAGCAAGGAAGGGUUGAAUAACCAGCGCCCAUCAGCCACGGCGGGGAGUCUGACUUAUAUUCACAAUGACUUUGGGGAGAGACCAGUGGAGAAAAAUCUGAUUAAAGAUUCUCAGUACCCAAGUAUUCCUGAUAGAGAGCUGAAGAAAAACCUAGUCAUCUCUGAUUACUCCACCCCAACCAUAAAUGGUGUUCCAGACAUUGACAGAAGCACCAAACCUGACCACUUUACCAGUACUGGCUUCUCGGGCCUUCGGGAAGUUGUUGUCCCGUCAGAUCUGAUGAGAAAGUUCAUGGUGCUUGCAGAGCACAACACCUUAAGAAAUAUUGAAACCUGUGGUAUUCUUGCUGGAAAGUUGGUACAUAACAGUUUCCACAUAACACAUGUUCUGGUCCCUAAACAGACAGGAACUACUGACACAUGUGUAGCAGAGGAUGAGGAGGACUUAUUUAUGUACCAAGAUCCGAGGGAUCUCAUCACUUUGGGGUGGAUCCAUACACAUCCAACCCAGACUGCCUUCCUGUCUAGUGUUGACAUGCAUAAUCAGUAUGGGUACCAGGCUAUGUUACCAGAGGCCAUAGCCAUUGUAUGUGCACCAAAGUAUAAUGAGACUGGGAUAUUUACUCUGACAUCUGAUCGAGGCCUUCCAGAGAUUGGACAAUGUAGAGAGAGAGGAUUUCACCAGCACACCAAAACACCACCAUUGUUUGAUUCUUGUUCCCAUGUUCGCGUCCUGGAUACAGUGAGAAUUGAAGUGGCUGACUUGAGACAAAAAUGAGAUGUCCUUUGGAAGAUUCAUCUGGAUGAAGUGAAACUGAGUAGUAUUAUGAUUUGUGGUGCUGAGGCCAGUUACGUUAACUUAUGAACAAAUCCUAUAUACAUGGAACUAAUGUAUAAUGACUGGAUACCACAUUCAAGUCCAAACGUAUUGUUUUAAAUUCAUAGUAAAUAUAAAAAUACAUUGUAUACUGCAUACAUUUUUCAGAAAAAAGCAUUUCUUUUUAGAUAUUUGCUCUUUUUAUGUAUUGCCAUUAUUUAUUUCAAAAUCAAGUUUAACUUCAUCCAUCGAAACAUGAGAUAAAUCAAUGUUUUGUGAACAUUUCAUGACAAGUUAUCAUUAACAACUUGCAUUCAUAAGUACUUUUUUUUUAUUCAUCAUGCCAAGAUUAUUUUUCUUUCAAGAUCUUUUACUUAGGGUCCUCUCUGCUUUCAAGGAAACAUGGUGUGUUAGUCAUCUGAGCCCAAUAACAGGCUUUAUCAGGUCGAGACCAUUACCUAAUAUGAAAGGCAAUUUUCAACACGUGACGAUGUCUUUGUCACACCCAUUCUCCAAUCAAGUGAAUGAGUCCCAAAGCAUGACAAUCUACUACAUGUUUACGAUUCAAUGGCGACACGUUGUUUUCGUCGGUUUACUGCACAAUAUUUAACUUGUCAACGGAAAAACUGUAGAGCUUCUUUAUCACUUUAUAAGACCGAAAUUGAUAGAUUAUAUUCCAAAGACACUGCUCCAUACUCACAUUUAAUAUUGGAGUUGUUGUAGGUGAUUAAUAGUUGCUUCGAAAACCGUACAAACGCUUUGACGUUUGCAUGUACAUAAAACACUUUCUGAUAAUAUUGAGGGGUUAAAUAAUAAUUGCACACCUUCUCCUGCUGUCUAAAACCAAGGACCUAUAUACUACCUGCUUAAACUAUGUACACGUAUAUCACAUGAAAAAAAAUCUCAAUGUUUUAUCGACACGGUAGCACCUACAUCUCAGUUUGAACAAUGGUUUAGGCCGAUGUAUUAUAAGUUGAUAUAAGGCUUCAUAAAGCAAAUUUUGUAAAUGUGAGCAUAGAAAUGAAAGAUUAUACAUCAUUUUAAAUAUUUCUUUCACAAAUCUCAAAAAAGAAGUGAAAAUAAGUUUCCAAGGGACAAUUCAAAUUGCCUUUUAUUUUCAACAAGCUGGGUACUUGUAGUAGCCCAUAAUGCGUUGCGGCUCAUUCAGCAGUAGGCAAAGUAAACAGAUAGCCAAUUUACAUGCAAAUUUAUGCUGACGUCAGAAAAUCUAGUGGUCUCGACCUGUUUAUUUGUCAAACUUUUUUGUUUGUUAUAAAUUUAUUACUGUAUUUAUUUUUUAUUGAGAUUGUUAGAACAGGCAUUUGAAUACCAGAUAGUGUAAUUAAUUGAAAUGUUAGGUCUAAUUUUAGACAGAAUAGCAUGCAAGUGUAUACCAUAAUAAAAUCUGUGAUUAUAAACCCAAGAAAUGUAUAGUCAGACCUACUUUGUUUAUGGUAGUGAAAAACUUCCUUCAUAACACUAUAACACAAUACCAUGUGUUCAUGUUUGUGGAACUGUGGUAAAAAUAUGCUGGCCAUCCAUCUUCCAGUGUUUGAUUUUUAUUUAGAACUGAAUUUUAAAUGUAUAUAUGUGUAUAUGUUUGUUAAACUAUAAGAAUGCUGUGCAUUUUAAAUAUGUCAAGUGUUGUCUUAAAAAAAUUGUAAAAAGAUAGUUAUCGUUCAGAGACUGCUUUCAUUUUUGUUAGUUAAUAUUUUAAAUCAAUCACGUGGCAUACACAGAGUGUAGAUUAUGUGGCAUUGAUGUUUUACAUGUAUGCAUGGCUGUGAUAUUGUGCCCAAAUAAAAUCUGUAAAUUACAAUAACAAAGCAGGCAACAUUUACUGUGCUGAAGUCCAAAAUCUCCUGGGUUUUAGUUUAAUGUUGAUUCACUUGAAAUAAAAUUAAUAUGUGGAUUUUA